AUGAAUAAAAUAAAUAUAAAUUGUCCCAGGUCUCCGAAGAAUGCAAACUGUGAAGAUGAAAAUGACAAGGAAGCUCUUAAGUCAGAAGCUGAGGAGGAGAAAGGAGGCCUCGAAGCGAAGAUGUCCCUCCUCAACGGCAUAACAGUGAUAGUUGGUUCGAUUAUCGGCAGCGGCAUUUUCGUCUCGCCGACCGGCGUUUUGAAGUACACGGGAAGUGUGAACGCUAGUCUUCUAGUCUGGAUCAUAUCAGGGGUGUUUAGUAUGGUGGGAGCGUACUGCUAUGCUGAACUCGGUACGAUGAUUCGUCUCAGCGGCGCUGACUACGCGUAUAUAAUGACGACAUUUGGACCGUUUGCAGCCUUCAUCCGGCUGUGGAUCGAGUGCAUGAUCGUCAGACCUUGUUCUCAGGCGAUCGUCGCACUAACGUUCAGCGUGUAUGUCCUUAAACCCGUUUUUCCGGAAUGUGACCCGCCGAAUGAAGCGACCAGGCUUUUGGCAGCAUGCUGUAUAUUAUUGCUUACGUUCGUGAAUUGCUGGUCCGUUCGCGCCGCCACCAGAGUCCAGGAUUGGUUCACCUAUGCCAAACUUUUGGCGCUCUUCAUCAUCAUCGCAGCUGGAAUUUACCAACUUACUCAAGGUCACGUGGAACACUUUACCUUUGAAGGGACCACAGAUGACGUCACUUCGAUUGCUCUAUCCUUCUACUCUGGACUCUUCGCGUACAACGGAUGGAACUACUUAAACUUCAUCAUCGAAGAAUUGAAGGAUCCAGUGAGGAACCUGCCUCGUGCUAUCGCCAUAUCCUGCACCUUGGUCACCAUCGUGUACACCUUCACCAAUGUUGCCUUCUUCAGCACUCUAUCACCAACGGAGGUCUUAGGUUCCCCGGCCGUAGCAGUAACAUUUGCGGAACGUCUAUUUGAUUGGUUCGCGCUUGCGCUACCGGUAUUUGUAGCGGCGUCCACUUUCGGAGCUGUCAAUGGCGUACUGCUUACAUCAUCCAGAUUGUUCUACGCCGGCGCAGCCCAAGGUCAGAUGCCAGCGAUGCUGACGAUGGUCUCGGCGAGGGCCACACCAGCUCCAGCCGUGUUGGCGGUUGCUCUAUUAUCUUUGCUCUACCUCACCGUUUCGGACAUACAGGCCUUGAUCAACUACGUCGGGUUCGCCACUUGGCUGAGUAUUGGCGCAGCUGUUCUCUGCCUGCCCGUGCUGCGCUACACGCAACCCAACCUUGAACGGCCCAUCAGAGUGAAUCUAUUCUUUCCGAUUCUGUACAUAAUCUGUACCAUCCUGGUGGUAGCUGUACCGGCCGUGGCUUCGCCAGCGGAGACUGGUGUCGGUUGCCUCAUGAUCCUAACGGCUGUGCCAGUUUAUUUGCUGCUCAUCGAGCCGAGAACAAAAAUAACUGGUCUUGGGUCUCUUACUGACGCCGCUACACGCUUAAUACAGAAAUUAACUCUAUCUGUUCGACCAAAGACGAAGUAA